AGUAUUGGCAUACCUGGUGCAGGCAGUCAAAGAGGCGAGUAAGUGCGAUGCAGUCUUUAAGGGCUUCUCGGAUUGUGUGGUCAAGAUGGGCCAAAACAUUGCCAGCUAUCCGCAAGACCUGGAUGACAAGAAAAAUCUCGAAACAAUCUGCCGGUACUGGGAUGACUUCCACUCCUGCACCCUCACAGCUCUUACGGAUUGUCAGGAAGGGCUGACAGAUGUCUGGGAAAAACUGAAAGAGAAAUCCAAAAAGCUCGACUACGAAGGCAACCUGUUUGUCCUCUGCGGCAAAACCAACGGAGCAGCCUCGUCCGUCGUAGCCUCUGCCUCCCCGGUGCUGCUGGUGGCUCUUUCCGCUGCGCUGGCGACUUGCAUCUCCAUGUAGAAGGCCCAUCACGUCAACAGCACGCCGUCCACACGACACAGAAUUCCCCAGCUCCUCCAGCCCACCUUUCCCUCCGCCGCCGUUUCUCUCUUUCUCCAGGAACUGGAUUUACAGAGGAAAUGUCUCUGUCCCUUGGCUUGGAGUGGAGGGGGGGAGCCUUCCCCCCAAAGAAGGGGGGAAACGCCUGUUGUGAAGUCUCCGUGAUGCUGAUGAUCCCAACAUCCAUCUUGGGGAAGGGCUGGGGGGAAAAGAGAGAGAAACGGAAGCCAUCGCGACCAGCUCGGUCUCUCGCUCGCUCUCUCUCUUUCUCUCUCUUUCUCUUUCUCUCGUCUCCUCUCGUUUCUUUUGCGUUCUGAUGAUUUGCCAAAUGGUCCCCAACGGUGAGCAAGCAACAGCCAAACUCGGACCUCAGCUUUAGUCCUCUCUUCAGAUUAAGGUCAACUCAAGCCCUCUUUUUCGUGUGUGCGUGUGUGCGUGCGUGCGUGGGUGCACCAAGAAUCUCAGGAACGGCUUCCAGCCACCACCGAUUACUAAUAAAGCGUUAAUAGGUAAUAAAAAUAAUAGUAAUAAUAGUAAUAAAAUAAUACUAUUAAUAACACUACUCACGGCAACGAAAGAGGAGCUAAUUUCUCCCCCGCCCGGGGAGUGCAAGCCUCUCCUGGAAGGAUGAAUUGAGCGAGGGGGCUGAAAGGGGGAAGCGCUACCGGAAAUGGAGCCACCUAAGCCGGAGCACGUGGGUUGAGCGGCUUUCUAGGGGAAUGAACUCACCGGCGUUCGAUCGUCUCGCCUCGGAAACUCUCGUCGUUUUACUGAUUUGUUUUUUUUUCAAUAUCACCCCCCCCCCGUCAUUUCACUUCAAA